AUGAUUAUACCUGACGACAUCCUUGUGGCACAUGCAGCAGGGAGAAUCCCGAGCGAUGUCACAAUCAAAUACCUCGCAGAGACCCGGGAUAAACCCGCUAUUGUGGGAAUCAUUUUCAUGAUAUGUUUCACGGGCCUGUUGAUGAUUGUACGCCUAUAUGCUCGAGGAUUCAUUGUGAAAAAGAUUGGACUGGACGAUGGAUUGGCCGUUGUGACGCUGAUCUUCUAUAUUGCUUUUGUCAUCCUCUCCAUCGUCUUGAUCAACUUAGGAAGUGGUCGCCACAUUGAAUACAUUCAAUAUGUGUUAUCCCCAGAUACAGUCCGUGACACUGAAGUUUUGGACUUCGUCGCCCACAUUAUCUACACAACCGCUCUAGUCCUAUGUCGACUCUCCGGUCUUGCCUUCUACUACCGGCUCUCAGCCCGCUCAACAAAACUCCACCUGAGCAUUAUCAUAGCCGCACCGCUCCUUCUCGCCGCCUACAUACCCCAGCUCUUCCUCCUGAUCUUCCACUGCAAGCCGGUAACAGGGCUGUGGCCCUAUGAGUGGCAAGUCGAGCCAAAGAAAUACACAUGUCUCUCAUGGGGACUCGUAUACUCGGUGAACUCGGGACUAUCUCUCGCAUGCGAUCUGCUGAUGUUCGCGAUCCCGGCCGCACUCAUUAAGGGACUGCACGUCUCUUUGAAAAAGAAGAUCAAGCUAUCGAUUGUGAUGUUCCCCGGUGUCUUCGUAAUCGUGAUCUCCGCAAUCCGCGUCUGGCUUGUAGCAGUGGGUCAAUGGAAUUCUGACGGCAGCUGGGCUUAUAACCCAAUGAUGUGCGUUGAGAACGCUGAGAUCGCUGCAACUCUAGUCGCGCUCUCAGUGCCAGCGCUCAAACCCGUUUUCGGAAACUUGUUCGCGCACCUCACCGAGUACACGUCUAGUCACACGCGCUCGCGCUCGACUAAGCUGCACAGCCUUGGUCAGUCUAAGGCUAUGGGCAGUGGCGCUGUCUCCACUAAUCGGGAUAGCAAGCGUCUCAUUAACUGGUCUAAGAUUGUGAAGGAUGAUUAUGAGAUGAUGCCUUCUGAGGUCUCGGUUUCGAGAGAUAUUAGUGGAUCGAGGGGGAGUGCUCGUACUGGGAAGGAGAAGAAGCACGGUUCGAAAGUUCCCGGGAUUCGGGUUACGAAUGAAGUUAAGAUUAGUUCCGAGGAUGAGAGGGUUAGUGUUGACGGCCCCGGGUCAAGGGGGCGUUAG